UCGUCGUGUUACUUUUUUCUCCUCCUCUUCUUCCAUUCUUGCGAGAAACAAGAGAAACUGUAGGAGCGUUAAGUUGCUUCGAUAGCCGGAAAACUAGCAAGGGAACAGUUUUCCAGCGGCUCCACAAGGCCCCUCAGCUCCAGUCGUUGAACUUUUGCCGGCUGUCAUCGAAGAAACGGCGGAGAAAUGGCCACAACAGGAAGAAGUGGUCACACAGUCAGGAUGGAAGAGGAUAUUGAGAAUUGAGGAUGUCAGAAUCGUAACUUUACUCCAAGAUGCGUGCUGCCCUUUAUUAUAUUUCGUCCAUCUUUGCCUUCAUUGACACUAUAUUGUGUAGCUUGAAUUACUGCACAGUGUGUCAACAAGGUGCAAUUACCCAAUCUCUGAUCAUAUGCUUGUGAUGAUACACAAGCUGUCCUUCCCAUAUCCCCUUCCUAUUGUCUGUAACAAGGACAAAUCUUUCUAUCCAGACCCUGUCCUCUUGAAACCACCUCCCACACUUUGAGUUUCUGUGCCAUGCUCCCCAAGAGAGGCUCUCUUAUUCUUUGCGGUACGUUCCUGUUUGUCACCUGGAAUGCCAUACUGGUGCUUCUGCUUUGGGGAAGACCCCCACCUGGCGAGCCGGGCAAACCUGCCGGAGAGCACAAAGGAGUGGGUGAAAAGCCUACCAAUGAUGUGGUGGGAGACGUGCUCCGAAUGGCAGACACGUUCGAGGCAGAGCUUGAAAUGCAGAAACAAAUCCUGCUGCAGAUCCAGAAUCAUCAGUCGCUGUGGGAGCCACCAAACAGAGACAGGCCAAAGGUUGUUGUCCCCCGUCAGCCUGCCAUUCCUAUCCUGGUAAUCGCCUGCAACAGGGUCACAGUGAGGCGCUGCUUGGACAAACUACUGCAGCACCGUCCUUCAGCAGAGCUUUACCCAAUCAUCGUAAGUCAGGACUGUGGACAUGCCGAGACUGCUGACGUGAUUCGUUCUUAUGGAGAUCAAGUAACUCAUCUGAAACAGCCGGACUUGUCAGAUAUCGCUGUGCAACCACAGCACAAGAAGUUCCAGGGUUACUACAAAAUCUCCAGGCAUUACCGCUGGGCUCUCAACCAAGUGUUCAAGACCCUCUCUCAUUCCUCUGUGGUGAUUGUAGAGGAUGACCUGGAGGUGGCGCCAGACUUCUUUGAGUACUUCCGAGCCUUGCUGCCACUCCUGAAAUCUGACCCCAGUCUGUGGUGUGUGUCAGCCUGGAAUGACAAUGGCAGGGAAGGCUAUGUUGAUCCAGGCAAAGCUAACCUACUCUACCGGACUGACUUCUUUCCUGGCCUGGGGUGGAUGCUCCUCAAGGAGGUGUGGGAGGAGCUGGAGCCCAAGUGGCCCACUUCAUUCUGGGAUGACUGGAUGCGUCAACCAGAGCAGCGCCGCAACCGUGCCUGUAUACGCCCAGAGAUCUCACGAACUUUGACCUUUGGCCGACAAGGUGUGAGUCUCGGUCAGUUUUAUGACAAGUACCUGCGUUACAUUAAACUGAAUGCUGAAUUUGUGCCUUUCACCAAGUUAGACUUGAGUUACUUGAAGGAGGAGACGUACAGAAAAGUUUUUGAAAAGGAAGUUUACAGUGCUCCCGUGGUUAAAUAUGAAGAUGUUAAGCAGGGACAACUAAAAGGACCAGGGCCUUUCCGCCUUCAAUACUCAAGUAAGGACAGUUUCAAAAUAUUGGCCAAAAACCUGGGAAUCAUGGAUGACUUAAAGUCUGGAGUCCCUAGGACAGGAUACAAUGGGGUUGUCAGUUUCAUCUCAAGAGGGCAGAGAAUCUACUUAGCCCCUCCUCCAGGAUGGACCCAGUAUGAUUCCACCUGGAGCUGAUGAUCUAGACGAAAGCCUUUGUAAAGCCUUUGUGUAAAUGUCUCUUGGAGAAAGCAUUCCAAACCAAAGACUGAUGUUCUUUAAGGUUCUCUUUGAUUGAAUGAUAAGUACUCUAGUUUAUUGUCUUUCAUAAUGCAGAAUGGAUUGUCCCUCUUUCUGGUGUAGGGGUUAUUGCCAAUGCCACUCAGGUCUUUUUCACUAUUUCAAAACAUUUCCUAAAGUGUAGGAUACAGCCUAAACAGUUUGUUAGACAGAACUGCUGUUAUUCACCAGAGAUCUAUUUUUAUAUUCUGCUAAUUGUGCACAUGGCAUUCAACGCAUUCAAUGCAAUUACUGAGUUUGCCGCUUUUGUUUUAAAUUAUUUUGCAAUUUCUGGAGGCCUAUAUGAACCAUUUAUGUCAGAAUAUACAAAUAUAAAAACUGAAUCUGUGGUAUGGUUGUUUAUGGUGGUGGUGACUGGUCAUGCUGCAGUUUAAUGUGUCAUUUGAUUCUCAGUGUUUGUCUUUCAUGAAAAUCAACCCUUCCUGCUUACAUUUUAAUGUCAAACAAUUCUGUUCAAUGAUUCUUCUGUGUCGUAGUCGUUGCAGGUUUGUUUCCUUGCGGACUACAACAUUUGUGUGUUUGUAUUUUUCUUAAAUAAAAAACAAU